AAAAUGGACAACGAACAGCCUCAUCAGGAGUUGGUGAAGUGUGUGGUGGUCGGGGACACGGCGGUUGGCAAGACGCGGUUGAUAUGCGCGCGCGCAUGCAACAAACACGUCUCGCUUUCUCAGCUGAUGACGACACAUGUGCCAACCGUGUGGGCGAUUGAUCAAUACAGGAUUUAUAAAGAUGUCCUGGAAAGGUCUUGGGAGGUGGUAGACGGAGUCAAUGUCUCUCUCAGGCUGUGGGAUACCUUCGGAGACCACGAAAAGGACAGGAGAUUCGCUUACGGAAGGUCUGACGUGGUCUUACUUUGCUUUUCAAUUACCAACCCUAUAUCACUGAGAAAUUGUGGUGCUAUGUGGUAUCCGGAGAUUAGGCGCUUUUGCCCCAACACACCUAUUCUUCUCGUCGGGUGUAAAAACGACCUGCGAUAUAUGUACAGAGAUGAAACAUAUUUGAACUAUUGCAAGGAUCGCAGUCCAUUUAUAAGGGCGCCGCGUAAAAGCGACUUAGUAAUGCCUGACCAAGGCCGAGCAUUGGCACACGAGUUCGGCAUAUACUACUAUGAGACGUCAGUGUUUACCUACUAUGGCAUAAAUGAGGUGUUCGAGAACGCUAUCAGAGCCGCUUUGAUUGCUCGGAGGCAGCAGAGAUUCUGGAUGACCAAUUUGAAGAGGGUUCAACGCCCUUUGUUACAGGCGCCGUUCAGACCGCCGAGGCCUAUGGAGCCCGAAGUAGCUGUGGUAAACAGCGUAUACCUGGAAAACAUGACUACCUUACUACGGCAACAGUAUUUCUCCGACAUGGUGAUAAUCUGCGGCGCCAAAGGCUUCCCGGUACACCGGUUCAUGCUCGCGGCCGCCUGCGAGGCCUUCCACCGGCUCCUCAGCACCGACUGCGCUAAUUUGUCAGCCGAACUAAGAGCUAGUUCUAGUGAGAGUAGUAUGGUCAGUAGCAUGGGUGAAGCGACGACCGGUGAAUUUAAUGAGGACACAGAAUAUCUGAUACGGCAGGACCAAGCUAAACAAAUGAGGGUGUGGGACCAGAUCAAACGUCGUUCCUCUUGCCAGAUUCUGCCCUUGAGCGACAGUUGCAAGAAACCGCCGGACUUAUACAGAGAGGUCAAUCACCCCGCCAUCAACUCUAUAAGGGUUGUUAAGUGUGACAAAAUCCAACACGCGACAUCGCAAACUCAGACGAUAGUGACCAUGAGCAAACUCAUAUCGCAAACGGUGAUGCAAGAAAUCAUCAAUUUCAUAUACACUGGAGUUUUGGAUAGCGGCGCUUUCAAACAGCAGGAAAUACGUCAAGCAGCCGAACUACUAGGCUUCACUGAAUUAGUGAAAUUGAGCCAGUUUAUACUGGACCAACACUUGCUUUUCGAUAAAGGAUUCAUGUUGCAAUUCCACACGCCUCUACCCCAACGCCUUCGCGAUAUGUACGUAGAGAGGAAUCUCUUCGCGGAUGUGACUUUUGAUCUUGACGAUGGCAUACAUUUAGCGCACAGAGCUAUAUUGAUGGCCAGAUGUGACCCUAUGAAGGCCAUGUUCCAAGGCCAUUUUAGGGAGAGCACUUCUAGAGUGAUAUCGUUCCCGGGCGUGAAAAUGUACGCUUUCCACAUACUCCUCUGCUACAUAUAUUCCGACAAGAUACCAAUGGUCGAGCCCACAAGAUGUCUGGAACUGUUGGAACUAGCUAACAGACUGUGUAUGAACAGACUGGUGACCUUGGUGGAGGCGAGGGUCAUACAUCAGUUGCAGCAUCACGAUACGGUGUGUGGCGAUGAUGAGCAAGUUGUGGAAAUCGCGCUGUCGCUCUUGGAGCCAGUGAAGUUGCACAACGCGCACAAUUUGGCGGAUUGGUGCAUGUGGCGCCUAUGUAGCGCGUACGACAGAGUCUGUCGCGCUAAAUACCUCAGUUCCGCUUCUAGGGACUAUCUGUCCGAUAAUCGGUGGCCGCCUGUUUGGUACGUGAAAGAGUACGACUAUUACCAGAAAUGCGUGACGGAACAAAACAAAGAACAGAAGGAGAUCAGACCAAGUGGUUCUGUGCAGGCGAAUCAACAGACUGGAUGUCUAUGUUUUAGCAGUAAAGUCCGCCGGGAAAGUGAACCCGGCACCGCGGAGCCGCCGGCGGACGUGACGACCGCGCUGUGUCGCGCCGCCGACGCCGUGCAUCAUCCGCCUCUCUGACAGCACACCUAUUGGAGAUCUCUCCGUUUAGCGGUGCUGUUGCCCGUUUCAAUGUGCUUCAUGAGCACGAUACUGACCAUUCUCGUACUAUUUCACAUAUACACUUAAACUAGUCUUAACAUAGAGAUUGCACUCGAUUUAACACUUGAC